GAGAGUCAUGAUCUCCGUGCGAGUAUGCCUUGGUGCAUCUGCUGUAUCUCUUCUCCAAGUGCGAAUGUACCGGGUGGAACGGGAGAAGAGGGCGCGGAUGAACAUGCGCACGGAGAUACAACAACAACUGAAUAAGUCUGAAUAACGUGGCGGGGAGGUUCGCGCAGAGGUGGGCAUGGAGGCAUUGGCGCAUAAUGAAAUCCAGUCGAGCGCGAUCGGCCACACGGUAACGUUGUUCUUGCAACUCGCUGGUCCCGAAAGAGCGGGACGGCUUGUUACCCGCAUUCCGCGAGCUGCGUGCUACAGAGUGUGCCACAGAGUGUGCGGCGAAAAGGUGCCUCGUCGACAAAUUUUAUCAGCGGAAUUUCCCACGUCACCCCUCGAUGGAUUUCGCAAUUGUGUGACGAUCAAAAGCGCUACGAGAAACGAAUGGAAAUCGUGCGAGAAGCGCGUUCCAAAGGCGACCGUUUAAACGCGUAUGUUAUCAAAGGGUACCAUUUAAACGCCAAAAAUUUGACGUCUAAAUUUCGAAGAGCGCCUGAGAAAAGCGUCCGAAAAAUCGGGAUUAGACCGCAAGAUAAACAAAGAGGGAAAUUGAAAUUCUGCCGAGCGAACUGUAAACGAGUGACUCAUCGGCUCCGAAGGCUCGACUCCGAGAAUGAGAUACUUCACGUGCCUACUGAUACUGGGAGCGUUAGCUGUGGUAGCCUUCGCCGCGAUCAAGAAUGACGCGUCGUCGAUCGACUUGGUCAGAGAGACCCUACUGCAGCUAGAGAAAGACCUCAGGAAGGAUCUGGCUAAUCAAGAGAAACUGACGAAUGUCGAGGACCAUGAGAAGAUCCUACAUCUGAUCAAAGUGUACAAGAGAUUCGGCAAUCAGCUGGAACAGCAAUUCAUUCUGAGUCGGAAGGACCACCUGAGCGCCCUGGACUCCCUGUGGCUCUGGGCACUGGUCCAGAACGAGCUCAAGGGCAUUGACGGCCUGUACGUGAUAUUCCGACUGAUGCAGAACGACAUCGUCAAACUGAAUACGCCGGUCAACGUGAAAGAGCUGACGAAUUUCGCCGAGGUGAUCCUGCGGGAUGCGAACGCCGCGAUCCCGAGAUCGCUCGAUCGUAUCGCGACUAUAAUCACCAACGAAAACUUGUUCAUCGAGGCUUACAAGGAAGCGUCGAAGCAAAUGUGCAAUGAGAUGCAAUCGCCGCAGCAACUGCUGUACAAUUUGUACAAUGUCGUGGCGCUGACGGAGAUCAAGGGUUACACUAUGAUUCAAUUCUCAUAUAUGCUAUUACGUCUGUACAACGAAGGCAAUAACUUUAGCGAGGAAAUACAGGCACUGAAACAACAAUAUGCAAUAAGAACAUCCAAUACGUUGAGAGCUGUAAAAACUGCAAUGGCAUUUGCCCCAAGAAGUAUGUGGAGAUGUGAUCCUAGUGUGCAUAAGAAAGAUGAAACCUAUGCAGAGUUGAAGGAAUUAUUCCAAGGAUAUAUCGUAAACGAGGUAGAUUUAAACAGUGAAAGCACGUGUCGAGAGAACUGUGCUUAUUAUGGGUACUCUAAGGCAUACGGUUGUUAUCAGAAUCAAUUCUGCGCGAAACAACGUCAAUGUAAGGGAAAAAUAUUGAAUUGCGAGUACAUUGAUUCCGACAUGUGGAUUUGCCCCUCGGAUAGAAACGAUAGCAAACGAUACGAAUACAUUCAGUAUGAAAAUGGCCUUCAUUAUGGAAACCCAAAUACAUGUCCUAGACCAACAAUUAAAGUUGACAGUUGGUGGCGAUGGCUUUUCUGGCAUUGCAGCUACUGCUUUUGCUAUUGCGAUGAUCACAGUCCUAAUUCCGAUCGAUAUUUCAGUCUUCGAUCCGUAACAUCCGACAUAUCGAACAAUAAAGUCAUAACAGGAAUAAAACUGAUGAAGAUUAACCAAGUAAUUCAUAUUCAAAUCCAAGAGGGUCAGUUGCUUCCACGUGGAGAAAUUAAUUCAACCACUAUUGACUGGCAACCGGUUGAUGCCUUUUCAGUUAUGGAUUCUAACGUCAGAAGCGGUGUCGACUAUCACACAAUAAUAUGGGAACAGCGUGCUUUGGAUCUUGAUGAUCUAACGUCAUCACAAGAUCAUUUAUUAACAGGCAUUCGAUUCCGAAUGGUCGGUAGCCGUCUCAAUUUAGAAAUAAAGAUUACUCCAUUCAAUUUUACAAGCGGAUUGUUAGUUCAACCUGACGAAAAGAGUUUCUGGCACAGCAACGACGUAACGGACAGAACCGAGCUGAAAUACACCGAACCCGACAUACCGACGCGCAUUCCUGUGCCUCACGAACCGGACUCCACGGAGAACCAAUACUUGAACUUCGCACCGAGCGAUCGACAGAAGGACGCCGCACAGAGCACGAUUCCCUUCCUGGACGUUCAACCGGUCGUACCGAAUCCACCGGUGCCACUAUCGGGUGCCGGUAUCUUUCACAGAGGUCGAAGAGGUUCGGGCGGAUUCGUCGGCCUGAAAGUGACUACCUACAAUUUCGCGCCACACCUACAAGUCGAUCUGCCACCAGCACCGCCGGUUCUCGAAACUCCUAACGAGAUAAAAGCCGCAUAGAGUCUUUCAUAUAGUUAAAUAUUUCAUAGAAAUAACGAUUAAGAACCUGUGAUUUGCCAACGACCUCAAUAUACGUAUUGAGAUAAAAGCGAAGAUAUGUAUCUGAGAUACUGAAUACGAAUUGACUGACUUUCGAAUGCUUCAGCUUUAAGAAAAACUAAAAUGUUUAAAUAAAACACGAGACAAAAAUAAUAGAUAUUGAAAUUUAACAUUUUCGGGAUAAAAAAAAAUAUGUUUCCUAUCUUUAAUCCUUUCUAUUUUUAGAUUUCAUUUACAUCCAAUCAAAAUUACGAAAGUGACUUCUAAUUCCGAGAAAAACGUAAAUAGAAAACGUAAUCUCUUUUUCAAUUACGUACAUUUGGUGCUCUUGGAUAUUACUUGAUGAAUGCAAGAUUGAAUUUCUUAUGCAAUUAACAGUAAUCAUAUAAAGUUCUGUACUCUUUGUAAUUAUGUGUAGAUUUUGUUAUUAAAUCUGUACUAUAAAUCUAUCGUUUAUCAAUGUAUUAACCAAAUUAAUAAUUAACAACUAAUAUCGUUAAUCUCAAAUGCUUUAUAAGAUUAUAUUUGAAAAUAUAGAAUAAUCAAUUUAGACUAAAGUAUUCAAAACGCAAUUUUUUUAACAAAUAAAGUUAAAGCAGAUUAAAGUAAUUAAAGUAGCAUAUAAUAUAUAGUGAUCCAUAAUCAUCAAUAUAUCACUAUAUGUUAUAUAAAUCUACUAUAUUAAUUUUUUGUUUUAAAUAGAUCUUUUAUAAGGCUUUGUAAAUGUACAAAGUAAUAGAUUUUAUAUACGUAAAAUGUGUAAACUAAACUUUAAGAUAAAAAUUUUGAUUUCUAUUUUUUAUUUGAUGGAAUCAAGCCAAUUCUCUUUGUCUUUCAGUAAUGUUAGUUAAAUCUUUUAAGAUUUACGAUAUAUUUAAUCUCGUUAAAUUUAGAAAUACAUAGAUUUGUGACAGCAAUUUGCUGCCAACUUCUUUGCAGUUCGAUUUAGUUACCAUUACGAAAUACAUAUGUACAAGAUUAAAGAGAUUCGAAAUGAUAGUAAUAUAAGAAGAUAUUUUAGGUUUAAGAUUAAGAUUAGAAAAAAUAUUGUAUGAUUUCUUUUACACAUCAUACUUUAUAUAAAAAGAUACUAUAAACAA